CCUGAGGGGCGCGGGCCUGAGGGGCGGCCAACGCGGGACGGCGGGGAGCGCGCGCCGGAGGCCGGGGGCAAACAGUGCUGCCAGUUUGAUGACCGAGAAACAAAUGGAAAGGAGCCCAUUAGCCCCGGCGCGAGUGACUUCAGUGAUCCAGUUUACAAAGAGAUAGCUGUUACCAACGGGCACAUUAAUCGAAUGAGCAAAGAAGAACUGCGAGCUAAACUUUCCGAAUUUAAGCUUGAAACCAGAGGAGUAAAAGAUGUGCUGAAAAAGAGACUAAAAAACUACUACAAGAAGCAGAAGCUGAUGCAAAAGGAGGACAGUCCCACUGCCGAUUACUACGACUACAUCUGUGUCAUUGACUUCGAGGCCACCUGUGAAGAGGGCAACCCCCCGGAGUUCAUCCACGAAAUCAUCGAAUUUCCUAUUGUCCUCUUAAAUACGCACACCCUAGAAAUUGAGGACACGUUUCAGCAGUAUGUGAGGCCAGAAAUUAACACCCAGCUUUCAGACUUUUGCAUCAAUCUAACGGGAAUCACUCAGGAUGUGGUCGACAGAGCGGAUACAUUUCCUCAGGUGCUUCAAAAAGUAGUUGAAUGGAUGAGACAAAAGGAGCUGGGGACAAAGUAUAAAUAUUCCAUACUGACUGAUGGUUCAUGGGAUAUGAGUAAAUUCCUGACAAUUCAGUGUCGGAUCAGCCAUCUCAAGUAUCCUGCUUUCGCUAAGAAGUGGAUCAACAUCCGAAAAUCUUAUGGAAACUUCUACAAGGUGCCCAGGAGCCAGACGAAACUGGCCAUCAUGCUGGAAAAGCUGGGGAUGAGCUACGCCGGUCGGCCCCACAGCGGCCUGGAUGACUCCAAGAACAUCGCCCGCAUCGCCGUGCGCAUGCUCCAGGAUGGUUGCCAGCUGCGUGUCAACGAGAAGAUGCACGCCGGCCAGCUCACCAGCGUCACUUCGGCCACCCCCAUAGAGGGCAUGCCUGCCCCAAACAUGCCCCGGGUCCGGAACUAGCCCUUCCUGGGAGGCGGGAUGCCGGGGGGCACCGGCGGACCUCGAGCUGCCGCGGGGAAGGAGCCAGUGGCCACCCAGCCACCUGGUUUCACGCUGCAAGAACCCAGCACCUUACACGUCCAGAGUUCCCCUUGCAGUUUUAUCUCUAUAUUUGUUGGACAGAGGGAAAAUGUUAGAAUUCCUGUAGUUUUGUAAAAAAAAAAAAAAAAAAAAAAAAAAAAUU